GCCAGCCCCAGGAUUCCUCGGGAGUUGGAUUACUGAGACUCACGACCAAAACUUUGGCUCUUCCUCCCAGACUCCCAAAAUCAUGUGUAUGGGAAGUGGAGCCCUUAACAGCCGGGAACCCGGCUGAGGCAGCGCCUUUCCCCGCCCCUCUCUCCGUGGGCCCUUUAAAUGCUCGGGUCCCACCCCUGCCCGGUCCCGGCUGGUGCUGCCAGGAAGUCUAUAAAAGCAGGCUGGGAGAAGGCGGGCGGGGGAGGCUCUGCCACUCUCAAGGCAUGAAACGUCGGCAGCGCAGAACGCACCUCUUACCCGGUGACUCGGAGACCCCUUCAGAUCCUGUAUUAACCACUCCUAAUUCCGGCCAUCUUGACUCUGAAGUCACCAUGGCAAAUAAGGGAGAUUCCAUCAUCCGAAUUCCCCCAUACCACUUCAUCCAUGUGCUUGACCAGAACAGCAACGUGUCCCGGGUGGAGGUUGGACCCAAGACCUACAUCCGGCAGGACAAUGAAAGGGUGCUGUUUGCCCCGGCACGGAUGGUGACAGUCCCACCACGACAUUACUGCAUUGUAGCUAACCCUGUAGCCCGAGAUAAAGUGGGCUCUGUGCUGUUUGAUGUGGCUACUGGGCAAGUGCGACUUCGUCAUGCAGACCUGGAGAUCCGGCUGGCCCAGGACCCCUUCCCGCUGUACCCAGGAGAGGAGCUGGAACAGGAUAUAACUCCACUUCAGGUGGUCCUACCCAAUACAGCACUGCACCUUAAGGCUUUACUUGACUUUGAAGAUGAGAAUGGGGAGAGAAGAAUAGCAGGAGAUGAGUGGCUCUUUGAAGGGCCUGGCACAUACAUCCCCCAGAAGGAGGUAGAAGUGGUGGAGACAAUCCAGGCCACAGUGAUUCGACAUAACCAAGCUCUUCGCCUGCGGGCCCGGAAAGAAUGUCUGGAUCGGGAUGGCAAACAGAGAGUGACAGGAGAAGAAUGGCUGGUACGCUCCAUGGGGGCCUACCUCCCAGGUGUGUUUGAGGAAGUUCUGGAUGUGGUCAAUGCUGUGGUCCUCACAGACAAGAUAGCCCUGCACCUGCGGGCCCUGCAGAACUUCCGGGAUGUGAGGGGCCUGCUGCGCCACACGGGGGAGGAGUGGCUGGUCACCCAAGCGGACACAGAAGCCCACGUGCCUGAUGUGUAUGAGGAAGUGCUGGGGAUUGUGAACAUCACUACCUUGGGGCCACGGAACUACUGUGUGAUCCUGGACCCCGUGGGGCCCGACGGCAAGAACCAGCUGGGACACAAGCGCGUGGUGAAGGGGGAGAAAUCUUUCUUCCUUCAUCCUGGGGAGAGGUUAGAGGAAGGCAUCCAGGAGGUGUUUGUGCUCUCCGAAGACGAAGGGCUGCUUUUGAGGGCCCUCCAGCCCCUGGAGGAAGGGGAUGACGGGGAGAAUGGUAAAAGGCGGGCCGGAGACCGCUGGCUGAUUAGGGGACCCCUGGAAUAUGUCCCCCCAGCCAAAGUAGAAGUGAUAGAGCAGCGACAGGCCAUCCCUCUGGAUGAGAAUGAGGGCAUCUAUGUGCGGGAUAUCAAGACUGGCAAGGUCCGGGCUGUUGUUGGUAAAACCUAUAUGCUGACCCACGAUGAAGAGUUGUGGGAAAAGGAGCUGCCUUCUGGCGUGGAAGAACUGCUGAGCAUGGGGCAAGACCCUCUGGCAGACAGGGGUGCAUUGGGGGAGUCAAGAAAAAGUGGUUCUCUCCCUCCCAGGGAUAAGACUCGAAUUGUGAGCUACCGGGUCCCUCACAAUGCAGCUGUGCAGGUGUAUGACUACAGGGAAAAGAAAGCCCGGGUUGUGUUUGGGCCAGAGCUGGUGUGCCUUGGCCCUGAAGAACAAUUCACGGUGUUGUCCCUCUCAGCUGGCCGGCCCAAGCGACCCCAUGCCCGCCGGACACUCUGCCUGCUACUGGGGCCUGAUUUCUUUACUGAUGUCAUCACCAUUGAAACAGCGGACCAUGCCCGACUGCAGCUCCAGCUGGCUUACAACUGGCACUUUGAAGUGAAAGACCAGAAUAACCCCCAGGAGGCUGCUCGGCUCUUCUCCGUUCCAGACUUUGUGGGCGACGCCUGCAAAGCCAUCGCCUCCCGGGUGCGUGGGGCUGUGGCCUCAGUCACCUUUGAUGACUUCCACAAGAAUUCUGCUCGCAUCAUCCGGACAUCCGUCUUCGGUUUUGAGGAAAUAGAGCGGAAAGGAGCUGGAGAGGACCCCAUGCUUCAGCCCCGGGACCGAGCUUUCUUUCCUCAGAAUGGGCUGGUGAUCAGUAGCGUGGAUGUCCAAUCUGUAGAACCCGUGGACCAGCGGACCCGUGACGCCCUGCAGCGAAGUGUCCAGCUGGCCAUUGAAAUCACCACGAAUUCCCAAGAAGCUGCAGCCAAACAUGAGGCUCAGAGACUGGAGCAGGAGGCUCAGGGACGACUGAAGAGACAGAAGAUCUUGGACCAAGUGGAAGCUGAGAAAGCUCAGAAGAUGCUGCUGCUUCUGGAAGCCGAGAGCACUGCUGUAGAAAGGACGGGGGCUGCUAAGGCGGAGGCAGAAUCCCGGGCAGAGGCUGCCCGGAUUGAGGGAGAAGGAGCCGUGCUUCAGGCCAAAUUGAAAGCGGAGGCCUUAGCCAUAGAAACGGAAGCAGAGUUACUUCGGGUACAGAAAGCCAGGGAACAGGAGCUCGCCUAUACCAAGGCCCAGAUGGAGCUGGAACUUCACAAAGCAGAGAAACUGGCUGCAGUGGAGGUUAAAAAGUUCAAGGAGAUGACAGAGGCUCUCGGGUCCAACACUAUCCGGGACCUGGCACUGGCUGGGCCCGAGCUGCAGGUGAAACUGCUCCAAGGUCUUGGUCUGAAAUCAACCCUUAUUACAGAUGGCUCCACUCCCAUCAAUCUCUUCAGCACAGCCACUGGGCUUCUGGGGCUUGGGGCACCUGGGCAUCCUACUGAGCUAAAAAAGAAGGACACUGAGAUGUAGGGACUUCUCCCCCAGCUCCAUUGGAAAAUUAUACCAUUGUCCUCCCUGGGAACUUUCUGUGCCUUAGUUUCUGCCCCAAGGGCUUUCUCUGCCUUAGUUUUUCAAUGAAAAUAAAAUAAACCCCUUUUUUCAGUUA